CUUCCGCUUCUCAGGCUUGACCUUCCGGCCGCUGGGUUGCGCGUUGCACCUCCAUUGUCGCGUCCUCGCGAUUCGGUCCAACCAACCCCCACUCCUGCGACAUCAUGGUGGCCUACUGGCGACAGGCUGGACUCAGCUACAUCCGCUACUCCCAGAUCUGCGCGAAAGCCGUGCGGGACGCGCUGAAGACAGAAUUCCAAGCAAACGCCGAGAAGACUUCUGGAACCAGCGUGAAAAUUGUGAAAGUGAAGAAGGAAUAAUGUACCCUGACUAAAGCCUGAGACGCUACAUUUUCAAGGUGAAGAUGUGUGGGCACAUGUUAUGGCAGAUCGAAAACGAUCUCCCUCCAUGGGGGGAAAUACCUGUCUUGUUGAUGGAGUGACAGCGCCAAUAAACUGAGCAUGCUCCA